AUGCUACGAGGGUGUGCGCUGAAGAAUGCCUUCGACCGGAACGAAGGCCCCAGCAUCGGCCUUUGGCAGACGUUGCCCGGGCAGAACGUCUCGCGGAUCCUGGCACGCGCUGGGGUGGACUGGGUCUUGGUGGACUGCGAACAUGGGAACAUCGACGAUGCUGCCAUGCACGAGGCCGUCCCGGCCAUAGCGAGCUGCGGAGCGAGCCCCAUCGUGAGGAUUCCCGACACGCAGGGUUGGAUGAUUAAGCGCGCCCUCGACGCUGGAGCACACGGUAUCCUAGUUCCAUUGCUGCGUUCGGCCGAAGAGGCUCGGCGCGUUGUCAGGGCGGCCAAGUUCCCGCCGGAGGGGCAGCGGGGGCUGGGCUCGCCGUUCGCGAUGGAGCGGUUUUCGCCAGCCCCGACCCUGACCGAGUACCUGCAGGGGGCGAACGGGUCAUUGCUGACAAUGGUGCAGAUCGAGACACAGGAGGCGCUCGACGCGGUGGAGGAGAUCGCCGCGGUCCCCGGCAUCGACGUGCUAUUUGUCGGGCCGUUCGACCUCGGUAACAACAUCGGGCAUCCAAUCCUCAACGGUGUGAUGAAGCCGGAGCUCGAGCAGGCUAUCGACCGCAUACUGGCGGCGACCAAGACGGCCGGCAAGAAGUCCGGCUUCUUCGCUACAGACGGAGAGCAAGCGCGCAGGUAUGCCGAUAGGGGCUUCCAUAUGAUCAGUACCGCUCUCGAUGCCACUCUACUCCAGGCCGCGCUAGCACAGUCACUGAGCGUGGCCCGGGGUCAGCAGGUGCCUGCGGCGGUGGGGAGAUAUUGA